CCUCACCUGAGUAUAAGCUGAAGAGGGCUUUUUCAGUCUUAAAAAGAGGGCUGAAAAACUAGGCUUAUACUCGAGUAUAUACAGUACAUACAUAUUUUGACUUUAGUAUGCAUAGAUUUUGAUAGUAACUGGGCUGUUGGUAGAAUGGCAAGCAUUUGUGGGUCAAUACUCUUUCCUCAAUAUUCUAGAUCAAUGCACCAUUGAACUAUCCUGAACCAGGCAGGGUAGUGCAUAGCAGAUAGAGCAACAAUCAAAUUGAUUUUGGUUUUCAUCUUAACAAUUUUCUAUUAAUGCUUUGCAGUGCAUCCAUAUUUAUUAGCAACAUUAUUAAUAAUUUUCUUUCCUUUCCUUUUAUAGCUCAUUCUGGUUUCUCUCAGAGUUUAAAACUCUGGUGAGCAGAUGAUGUGGAAGGACCUUUUCUGUGUGCUACGAUUGACCAAGGUGGCUUCAAAACACAAGUUCUGGGCUGUGUUAAUUAUUGCCUUUAAGUUCAUGUACUUCAUCACCAUCAUGUUUUACUGGAGAAUCAGCCAGGACAGUGGAGACAAGACACAGCACCAUAAUCUACCUACAGAUGUUAUGUGUCCACAUCUUCCUACUCCUAUAACAAGAUGGUCCCCUCAUUCAUCCAAGGACAUAUACUUUUUGGAAACAUCAGAACGAACUAAUCCCAAUUUCCUGUUUAUGUGUUCUGUUGAAUCAGCAGCCAGGGUUCACCCAGAAUUAAAAAUUGUUAUUCUUAUGAAGGGCUUGGUGAACUAUAACAAUACUUUGCCAAAACAUUUAGGCAUAUCCUUUUUCAGCUGCUUCCCUAACCUUGAAAUCAAACCAUUGGAUUUGAAUGAACUUUUUUCUAAUACUCCCCUGAUUCGCUGGUAUUCGCUGGCCCAGCAGAGGUGGGAACCGUAUUUCUUGCCCAUUCUUUCAGAUGCUUGCCGAAUUGCCAUCAUGUGGAAAUAUGGUGGCAUCUAUUUAGAUACAGAUUUCAUAGUCCUUAAGAACCUAAAGAACCUCAUCAACACACUUGGUAUACAGUCCAAAUAUGUACUGAAUGGGGCCUUUCUGUCAUUUGAACCCAAACACAAGUUUAUACAACUUUGCAUGGAAGAGUUUGUGAAUAAUUACAAUCGCUGGAUCUGGGGACACCAGGGUCCUCAGCUCUUCACCCGCAUGUUUAAGAAGUGGUGUGCUAUCCGUAGCCUGCAAAGCAGUACAAGCUGCAAAGGGGUCACUACUUUCCCACAAGAAGCCUUCUAUCCCAUCCACUGGCAGGACUGGAGAAAGUAUUAUGAAGUCACGAAUGCUUCGGAGCUUCCUAAGCUGUUUAAGAACACCUAUGCGGUGCAUGUGUGGAAUAUGAAAAGCCAAGGGAAACAAUUUGAGAUCACUUCUGAAACCUUACUAGCACAAUUGCAUUCCAAAUAUUGUCCUUCUACAUAUAGCUUGAUGAAAACUUAUCUGUAAUGUAAGCAGAGCCGGUCCAACAAUGAGGCGAAUUAAGCGGUUGCUUCAGGCGCCAAACAUACGGGGGCGCAGUUGAGACUGCUUUUUCUGUUGAUUUGUUGUAAAACAUGAUGUUUUGGUGCUUAAUUUGUAAAAUAUUAAUGUAAUUUGAUGUUUAAUAGGCUUUUCCUCAAUCCUUAUUAUCCAACAUUUUCGCUUAUCCAACGCUUUUAUUUUUCAGUGAUUUUUUUUUGGGGGGGGCACCAAAAUUCUGUUCGCCUACACUUGAAAAAUACCUAGGGCCGGCUCUGAAUGUAAGCGUGUCUAGCAGAGAGUUGUUUAUUGUUACAGAAGUCCAAAGUCAGCCACCGCAGCUGAAUGACCCAUUCCUCAUUCCCAGCAGAGGCAACAAAUCAGUUGGGUGACCAACUGGCCAGAGUUUUCAAGAUCAGUGUCACAAGGUUUGGAUAUUUUGAAAUGCAGAAAACUUUUGUGAAAGCAAACCAAGAUUCACAGUGUUUUUUGCAAACUUUGGGACUCUUUUCCUGGAUAUAAAAUAAGCAAACAAAACUAUUCUGAAAAGAGAAUGGUUACUUUGAAGACAUGAUGUUUAAAUGAAACUUACUGAUUUUUUGAAUUGUGAUCAACAAUUCAGUAGAAAUCACAUGUGCUUUACAAACAUGCUAAAUUAUCACUUCCACUUCGAUUAAUGUGCCUUAUCACUAGUGAUGUCUUUAAUGUGUUUGCUUGCUUGGUUUGUUUUAUGAACAUAUUUACAAUGCUGCUCUUUCUAAAUGAAUUUAUUGAAAUGUUCCUCAAAAGUUCUUCUCAAGCUCAGAACAUAAAUGAAUUCCCACCGCCUUCCAUCAUCCUUGGUGCCUUAAAUAUUCCUGCCAUAAGCAAAUUUAGUGGCAUCCCAAAUCUUGUACCCUGGGACAACUUAUUCCCAGGCUUUCUGAUGUCCAUACUAAAAUGCUAUUGAAAUUACAUUUCUCACGAAUCCUGGGAUUGAGUUGUUGCUAUUUUAAUGGUCAAGGUGCUUAGGAGAAGGGAAGGGAAUAAAAGAAUCUCAAAAUACUCUCCCAACAAGAAAGUCUGAGGAUCCACAGCACUUUGGCUGGAUCUACACUGCCCUAUAUCCCAGGAUGUGAUCCCAGAUUAUCUGCUUUGAACUGGAUCAUAUGAGUCUGCACUGCCAGAUAAUCUGAAAUAAGCAGAUCUUUUGGGAUUGGCUCCUGGGAUAUAGGGAAGUGUAGACCCUUCUACAGUGCCCCUAUAUAUUCCAGGAUCAGAUCCCUGUUGAACUUCUUA